CGUUCUCCUCCAUCAAACUUGACAUGAUCAGCACAAACAAUGCUGAUCUGAAGGGAAUUGCAUUAUCUUGAACACUUACCAGGGCGAGCUAUUGUCCUGAUCUGUUCGCCGUCUUUGGUUCCUGCAAUCGUCUCUGGGCGGAGACAAGACAAAUCUGACCUCAAAGUUCAAUCCUUCGCUACUCCGUGCUCGCCAACGGUACAAAGAAGCUUACGAUGGGCCGCUAUGACUUCCGUGCCCAACGCAUCCUCUCCACUGCCAAUAUAGCUCUCGAGACGAAACGCAUCUCGAUGCCACCAGUAUGGCACGAUGUUGUGCAGAACAUCCCGCCUCCGCCACGGGUAACACGGCCAGUCAAGAGUCAAUUGACAAAGGGAAUGUACAAGCCCCAACGAAUACGUUAUCCUGAGGAUGCUCUGCGUCAAGAGUUCUUCUCGGAUCACCCAUGGGAGUUAGCGAGACCGAGAGUCGUGCUCGAGGACUCGGGCGAUGAUCACAAGUCGUACAAUUGGAGCGUGUUGGAACAGGAGGGAAAGAGAAUGGAUGGCGAAAGCGUCGUCCAGCGUCAACUGUACCUGAAGCAGCAUGGGUAUAGAUCGGAAGAAUCAGCUGAAGCGCAGCCUGUAUCGCAUUACCGCGCCUAUGACAUUGCGCGGCAUGAAUUCUACAAGCAUCGUCACUUUGAAGACGUCGAGCGGCGUAUCGCGAAGGAGGAGGCUCUUCAUACAGGUGCAUACUUUAAUCUCGGACCGAAUGCUAUCGCAGAGCCGUUGGAAGAUGCGGAAUUUGAGAAGUGGAAGCAAUGGGCUACUGAACGAGCGAAUCAAAUCAAGAACGCUCGUGUGGCGGGAUACAGUGGAGCAGAAAUUGAUGCUGAUGAUGGCGAGUCUCCAGAGGCAGCCAGGCUGAGCGAAUUGGCGAUUGCUGAAGAGGAAGAGAGGUCAAGAAGAGAAGAAUUAAUGGCGCCAAGAGAACGGCUACCAGCGACGACUAUCGGCACGGUAGCGGAUGUUGCUGGGGAAAUGUCGCCCUUUCGGUGAAGUGGGAUAUGCUUGUGUAAUAUAAGAACAACAGAAUCGUCUUGUUUUGUAUCCAUGUAUAGCUUUGAAAAAAAAAGGCAGUGUGCUAUGAGUUCUUGACUAUUGCAAUAAGGUCGGGUAUCUUGCAAACGUAUAUACAAAGAAUCGCUCAUUAAGCAUGCCACGUAAUCCAAAUC